AUCUUCAUAACCGCCGCGCAGGCCCAGGGCUUCAGAUUGUAUCGGCUGUUUGGCGUUCAGAAACACACGUGAAGAGUGUCCAAAGUAGGCAAAUUUGAACGGUUCUAGUUGACGUGGUUUUCAUUUUUGAAAAUCUAACAGGAGACUGAUUGUUCAAAUUUGCUUACGAAAAAGACAACUCCUGUUCUGAGAAUUCUGAGGGAUAAGAAGAUAGUUACCAGGAAAUGGCAAUGCAGACACCAUGUAGCAUCUUGAAUGAGCUUGCCAAAAACAACAAGAUACUGCCCAUUUACACAACCUCUGAAGACAAAGGAUCCCCGCACCAGAAGACAUUCAAAGUUGCUCUCCAGUUACCUGGGCUAGGCACUUAUGAAGGCACCGGGCCUAGCAUAAAAGCAGCCAAAAACAAUGCAGCUGGUGUUGCAUUACAAAACUGUGUCAUGUCUGGAAUUGGAUCGAUAAAAACUGGGAUGCAGAUAAGCCCAACAGUGGAGCUAAACAUUUUGUCAAUGAGAUCUGGUGAAAUAGUUGAAUAUAAGGAGUUGGACCCAGGACAGAUUAGACACCCUAACCUAGUUACACAUUACGAUAAGCUCAUGAUGGGAAAGCCAGGUGGAAACAUGGCUGUCUACCGUGAAUUUGUUAAAAUCUGGAGGGUAGCUGUUUAUGUGUGUGGUCAGCCAUUCCUUGGUGAAGGCAAAAUGAAACAAGAGGCUAGGAAUGAUGCUGCAAGGAAAGCGCUAAUUGCAAAGCGGGAUGAGUUGAUGCUAAAAGCCUCUAAAAAUGUUCCUCAAGGACAAAAUGGUUUCCAAAGCUCAACCACCGACAUAAAUGAGAUUGCCAAGUUACAUGAAAUUGCAGUGAGAAAUAGGCUCAAGGUCACCUAUGAAGUUGUUACAACAAAUGGUCCAUCACACAUGAUGAAGUUCACUGUAAAGUGCAAAGUAGGCGAAAAAGAAAGUACAGCUGAAUGUAUUGGAAAGAAAGCAGCUAAAAAGCUUGCAGCUCAGCAAAUGUUAUCUUUGCUCUUGAGCUCAGAGGAUAUCAAAUCUUCUUCUGAAUAUAAAACAGAGAAGAAACAAAAUAAUAAAUACAGAACUUCAAAUAAGAGAAGAAGUGUAAAAUCUCACCGUGUAAUUGACAUUUUCCUUGAUCCUGUUACGUAUCUGACACAGCUGUUGCAGCUAAGGAAAGAAUCCAUUCCAUCAUAUGUGCUUCUAGUGGAUCCAGCAAACAAAAAUGACAAGAAGUUUGAAAUUCAGGUGUCAGUCGGUGACAAUCCUGAAUUGGUAGCAACUGGUAUUGGCUCUACCAAGAAGGAGGCAAAACAGAAAGCUGCAGAUAAUUUAUUAAAGGUUUUAGGUAUAGAUCAGAAGAAAAUCAGAGAAGCAGAGAAUGAAGUGAAGAAGGCCUACAUGAGUGCCGCAAUCGGCCUGCCUAAAAGUGCUGCGAACCCAGUCACGCUAAAAAUAGACGAGAAGCCGCCAAUACAGAUGUUAAACAGAGCUCCUGGUGGCCCUGUGCAGACUCGCGUCAGUCUUCAGAAUGGCGAGAUGACCCAAAUGUCCAAUACAGAUCAGCUUAGAAUUUUAACAGAACGCGAAGGCCUUCAAAUUUUGUUCAAUGAUUAUGGAAAGCGCACGGAAUCAGAGCCAUACACGACCCACUUGGCUGUAUGCACAGUACCUCCAGUUGUUUUUCAAGGGAUGGGUAAAACUGUUGAUGCAUCAAGGGAAGAUGCAGCGGCCAAAGCCCUCGUUAGCCUCACUAAAAAUGGAUUCACCAAGCCAAGCAUUAAAACUGAUAAAGAGGAAUAAGGAAGGUAAAUCUUCUUUGGAAAGAACUCCCUGUACGUAAGAAUAGUGUCAUGUAUACGAAGGUAACCACGUGACUGCAGCCAGCUAAUUAUCCCUUUGACUGUUCACUUCAGUUUGCUAUUAGUAAUUAGAGCCCAAUUUCAUGUCCAGUGCACCUAUGAAGCAUGAUCCCUAAGGUUACACGCCUAUUUGAGAUUGAAAACAAUUGAAAGCUAAAUUUCGGAAUAUAUUUCUAAUUAUCAUUUUUUUACUUCCUAACACAUUUCUUCGAAGUUUGGAUUUUAAGUUUUGAUAAUAUUUAUAAGUGAUUUGAAAAUUUAAAGGAGGAUCGUGACUCAUAAUAUUUUUAAAAUGGUAGGGACAUGGGAAAUUAGCAUAUAUCAGGCAACUCAGUGUUUGACUUUUUGCACCUUUGAACCAGAAUCAGUUUACGUCAUUGUACCCAGACCCCCGCUUGAGAAAACCAACAGUAGACCUAUUCGAUAGAUGCACUGUAUACUUAGCAUAACAGCAUUGGCUGGCUGUAAAGAUUGUUUGAUGAGUAGAAUUUUGACGAAUUGAUAAAAUAUAGAAAUUUGCCGUUUCGAUACCGGAGUGUUUGAAUAGAUUAUAACUAUCGGCUGAGAUAUAAUCUUAAAUGAGUUUAAUUCAUUGCCUUCUCAGGGAUUAUUACGACUUGAAUGUAAAUUUCCAAAAUUAGAGAAAACCCUUGGCUACUAUUCCGAAAUAAGGCCCUUUAAGGCUUUGCUAAGAUAUCCUGUUUUUAUAGGUUUGUUGACUGUGCUGAUUUCCUGUUCUUAUAGAUACAUUUUCCAGAAUAGCAUCCUAGGCCAAAACAUGAACCUUUUUGUAGUCAAAGUCAAAAGUUGAAAUGCAAAGUUGGCAAGUUUUGGAAAUCAUUGGUUUUGCCCAGCUAUAUGCCAAUAGCAUUCUUUGUUCCGCGUGCAUCCUUAGACCCUGCUCAAUUUUAGUUAGGUCCUUCCCUCUCAAAACUGAGGAUAAGAUUUUUCCACAAACUUUCCCACCGAAUUAGCAGAGCCUUUCAGAAUCUAUAUGAAAUUUGAUGGAUUAUUUCACUGCCUAACGUAUUUCAUAAGCUGCCCUGCCACAGAACAGCCCUAUUCUAUCAAGCACCUCGAUGGACCCUAAACAUGAAGUUAUUGCAAUUACAAGUCGAUUGUUACGUUAUUCACGUAAUUUUUACCCUAUGCUAAUCGAGACAUAGAUUGUAGUAGUUAUUUAUUGCAAAGUGCCGCAAAAAUUCCUUUUAACAUGUGUGAUAAGGAUAUUCAGUUUAAUAUACGUGCUAAAUAUAGGCCUAUGGUGGCUUGUUGUGUUUGAGGUUGUGGGUAGGGGACUUGUGAGAAUUAUCUUUGCCGGGAGAUCGUAACUGCGAGGCAUGUCAAUUUUGGCAAGUGCACGCUUUGUGUUGUUAAAAAUUAUAGGUUUUGAUGAAGUCAGGGGCGGACUGACCUGUUCUUAGGGCCGACCCAUGAGCUAGACGGACUCCGUGUCGCAAACAAAGUACUGGAAACACAUAGAGCUGGUCCCCUGUAGUACCCGGCUCUCGGUCCGCGUCCUAUGUGCCCGACCGGUCAGUCUGCUCCCGGUUGUAGUAAUGAAUAUAAGGAAAUUGAAUUUCUUAGCUAGACCAUGGAAAAUUUAUAGAGUUAAGCAGCUUCGUUGUGACCGAACCCGUUUCCACAAUGUUUUUUAACUGAAUUGACUUGUAAAACUCUGCAAAAUUAGUAUGUAUUCAAGGUUUGAUAUAGUGCAGUAAAUAUUGAUUCUGAAAUCUAUGCUAGAAUAGCAUUGUGUUAUGUAUCAACAGAAGA